AUGCCAAUUCAAGAAUCUAAUUCCAAUGCUCCAGUGGUUUCUAAUUCUAAUGUUCCAGUGGUUUUUUCGAUCUCAACGCCUCCAGAUCCUGCGGAUAGCUCCGAAACAGAACGAUCUAGUCGAGCUUCAGCAGAUUUUACUGAUGAAGCUUCACGUGAAUUACUUGUUUGUGAUUGUUUGCCUAUUUUUCUUUGGAUUAGUUUCGGUAAGCAAUAA